AUGCCUGAGAGCGAGUUACGGAUGGCUGUGCAGAAUAAUGAAAACGAUGAUGGUAACCAAGUAUCUGAUUUGAAAGGAACCGAAUCGAAUACGUCGCCAAGUUUAGCAAAAGCAAAACGAACGCGACUGACAUUUCCAUUUGGAGCUUGUCGUGUCUGCUCAGAUUCUGCUACGGGUAUUCACUAUGGUAUCGCCACUUGCGAAGGAUGUAAAGGGUUUUUCAAGCGUAGUAUAUUACGGAAGGAGAAAUAUCGAUGCUAUUUUGAUAACACAUGUCUCAUCAAUGUAACAAAUCGAAACCGAUGUAAAGCUUGUCGCUUUCGACGAUGUAUCGACGAAGGCAUGUCGGUUGACGGAGUCAAAAUGGGUCGUAUACCAAAGUUAGUAAAAGAACGCGCUUUGAUCGAAUUGAAAGAACAACAGACAAAAGAAGCCGCUUUGACUGGAGCUAAUGAAGACCAUGCGAGAGAGUCUUCGUGUUCAUCUCUGUCUGAUCGUAGUAUAGAAAACUAUGACCCCAAUGCAAUGGAUACAGAUUAUUUAGAAUCUGAACCGUCGCCUCUUCAGAGACGUGCUGGUUUAGGACAGUUAUAUACAAAUGAUAAUUGCGAGAAAAAUCUAGCCAACUCGUCCUUCAAUCUCCCUAAUCAAUCAUUAAAUUCAAAGGCCCAAUCAGACUUAUCUCAGCGCAGUGAAACCGUAGCAUUACCAUCAAACGAUUCCGAACUAAGAAAGAAUCCAUUUAUCUACCGAACAAAGUACCCAACGUUUCUCCCCGAUGAUUUCACAGUCGACGAAACAGAAGGUUUAACCAUGCAAUCGUCAGGUCUUUUAUCCGACGAGGCUUUCAAACAUGUUAUCACCAUCAGAAACAAACUACGUGCCGACCAAUUGAGUUUUCUCAUUCAAUUGAAUGAAGGAGAAACAGUAUUUAUUCGAUAUAUUCGUUGGUCUGCAUAUAAUAUUUUUCUUCGCCGUUCCAAACGAGUCAAACAACUGGUUUCUCGAAUGCAUCAAAUGAUUGACCGUAACGUUCAAGAAUAUCCAGGAGGUAACAACACCAUGGGCGACUUCCUUCGAAGCAUUGGACUUUCGUGUCAGGUUUUUACCCGUGCUGCGGUUCUCUAUGUGCAAGAAUUACCUGGUAUGAAGAAUAUCGAUAUGAAAACUAUGGAAAAGCUUAUACUUCAUCGAGCAUUUGGGUGGCAUAUGCUGAAAUAUCAUGAAUUGUACAAUAGCAACGGAGAGUGUUAUGCUUUGGGACCUGAUGGCUUUCAAUAUAGUCGGCAUUGGAUGAAUCAGCUCAAUAGUGUAUUGCUCACAAAUGCAAUGUUCAAUUUUUGUCUUCAUAUACAGGAACUUCGUUUGAGUGAUAGCGAAUUUUCGCUCGUGUUGCCGUUAUAUUUCUGUUCCUCAGAUCCUAAAACCGAAAAUACUGAAGUCGUGCAGAUGCUCCGCUCGUGUUAUCUCUAUGCAUUCUACGCUGAAUUAUGUCAGACUCGUGGUGAAUCAGAAGGAAAACAAUUAUGUUUGAAAACUUUGCAGGUACUAGAAGAUCUUGUUCCACUUUCUGAACUUUAUGAUAAAGAAAUUGCUGACCGAUCGUUGGAAGGUUAA